GAGGAGACAGAAACAGGAAGCAGCAGGUCGUCUCCGUCCCCCAACAUCUCCGCCAUGUCUUCAGCCAGAGCUGCAGCCGUCCUGCUGAGCUGCUGUGUCCUCGUCCUCGUCCUCGUCCUGUCCUGCAGGGGUCAAGGAAGUGACUGCAGCUGUAAUGUCACCAACAGUCGCUGUGACGAGAACGGAGUCUGCAGAUGUGACCCUGGUUGGGACGGCGAGCGCUGUGAGCGCUGUGUGCCAAUGCCUGGCUGUCUUCAUGGUUCCUGUGAGCAGCCGUGGCAGUGCAGCUGUGUGGUGGGCUGGGCGGGACGUUUCUGUGACAAAGACCUGAUGGCGUGCUCGGAGCGGCAGCCAUGUCAGAACGGAGCGACCUGUGUAAUGGAGGACAGCGGUGAAUACAGCUGUCUGUGUCCUGAGGGUUUCCACGGCCGAGACUGUCAGCUGAAGACCGGCCCGUGUCACCAGAGGAGGUCUCCCUGUAAGAAUGGUGGUCUGUGCGAGGACGCUGACGGCUUUGCGGCGGAGUUGGUGUGUCGCUGCCUGGUGGGCUUCACAGGGCCGCGCUGUGAGACUGACGUGGACGACUGCCUGAUGAAGCCAUGUGCCAAUGGCGCCACCUGCCUGGACGGCGUCAACCGUUUCUCCUGCAUCUGCCCCAACGGCUUCACUGGGCGCUUCUGCACUGUCAACCUAGACGACUGCGCCAGCCGGCCCUGCCUCAACGCCGGACGCUGCCUGGACCGGGCUGGAGGCUUCCACUGCGUCUGCCGACUCGGCUACACCGGGGCCACCUGCGAGACGCCACUGAGGAGCCACGAGCCCAGCUGGACGACGCUGGGGUGGGAGGGAGGAGGAGGAGGUGGGGCUAAGACCCAGAGGAGCAACACCACUGGUAGCAGGAACGGCAGUCAUCAUGGCGACAGGCUGUUAAAGGUGACAGUGAGUGAGCGCAGCGGCGGUGGCGGCCUGUCGGAUGUCCAGCUUAUUGUCCUGCUGGUGCUGGCAGGGGUGACGCUGGGUGUGGUGGUGCUAACCGCUGCCCUUGUUCUGCAGGGUCACUGCAGGGACUGUGGCCACGCCCCCUUCUGGCCACUCACAUCAUCAUCAUCAUCAUCAUCAUCAUCACAGCAGCGAGGACAGAAGAGUGGCCGGCGAGCACAACAGGACGAGCCAGAGUGUCAGAUCAGCUUCCUGAACGUAGCAGAACCAGAGAAGAAGAAACUAAACACUGACGUCAUUUAGAGAAAACAAACACAGAGGGGGAGGAGCCUGAACUGUUCAUGUGCGACAUCAUCAACAUGUAUGUUACAUUCAUCAUGUGACACAAACAACAACCAGAGAUCCUCUAUUUAUUCCACAGUCAGAACCUGACGCCUACAUCACCCACAGUGCAACUCUGUCUGCAGCAGCCUACAUCACCCACAGUGCACUUGCAGCUGCUAAGGUGUCACUCCACUCUGACUCCGCCCCCCAGACGCUGACUCAAAAGACAUCACUUGAGGACAUUUAUCAGACAUCACACAGGAGACACUGAAGGCUUUGUGCUGCUGUUUAAUACACCUGGAAACACCUGAAACACCUUGAGACUCCUUGAGACACCUGUAAAAACCUGGAGACUGAAGAGUGAACUCAGUGAUGUAUUUCUGUAGUUCUGAAAUUCAUGUGACAAACUCCUAGAAACACCUGGAGACUCCUGGAGACAGACACAGGUGUGUGUGAUCAGAUGGACAGAAUGUUUUACACACCUUGUUGUUUGAAACAAAUUGAAUGAACUUUAUUGACAGUGUUUAACUCUACAGACUCGUAUAAUAACCUGGACCAGCUUAUAAAGAGUUAAUUUAUUAUCUGCUGCUGUGACUGUCAGCAGCUCAGAGACAGGAAGUGAUGCGUUCAUCAACACAUGAACGUUCUCACUCUAAACCAACAUGUUGGUCAGUGACCUCCAGAGGUCGUUCCCUUUGGACAGUCUCCAGUCUUUAUGCUAAGCUAAGCUAACCAGCUACUGGUUGUCAUGGUAACAAAACAAAUGUUUUUUAUUCUCUGUGUUGCAAACAUGAACUCUGACCUCAGAGUCUCUGUCAUUAAACUCUGGAACAAACUAACACACAUAAAUCCAUCUGUCACUGAGCUGUCUGUCCACGUCUUCACUGUAUUAAAGGUGACAUCAGCAUUUUUCAUCCUGGACUCUAUCCACCUUAUUCCUGAGGGCACGACUGCAGAAAUAAUUAUGGGCGGGACUUCCUGUGAGAUAGCAGAGGUAGCAUUCAGCUAGUUAGUCCCAGUGGCUACUCCUGGUGGCUAACCGCCAACGCUGGUUCUUUUCCAAAGUCAUUUGCCUUCAGUUUAUUAUUAACAAAUAACGUUAACUCAGCAUUUUCUAAAAUGUCUCUGUGGAGCUCUGGUACCUGUUGCACUGUCUGUGUCUGUGAAGACCAACAACCAGUCUGAGCUACAUGUUUGUCUUCAGCAACUGUGUGUUGAACAUGUGACCAGGACAAAAAGGGAUUGUUCCUGUUGCCAUGACAUGAGAAAUAAUACCACAAGAGUUUCACGAGACAUAGCGAAGACAAUGACACGUACACUGACAGGUGCGUCACUCAGCGUCAGUGCGUGAUAUCCCUGUCUCUCCCCGUCUGACUUCAUCUCAACCUACAUUAGAAAAUUGCUCAU